UGUGCUCUUGUAAGAGGUGGUUGUCCGCUCGUAGCUUCGGGAUAAGUUCGAAGUUUCUGUGCAACUGAGCGAUAUUUGUCGAAUACUACCCUAUUUCUACGCCUUGAGAUGACAUCGCAGGAGGCCGACUGCCGAGCCUCGGGUUUCGCCGAGACAUUUCUAGCUGCUACGAGUACAGGUGGUACUGCAACGAACUGCCACCAUCUGUGCCGCAGUAUCAACAACCUUAGCAGUUCAGAAACAAGCAAGCUGUGGUCGAGGAAAGAAGAUCUAGACGUGCAUGUCGACUCUGACGACUCGGGCACCGUCUGUCACCCAGAGUCGCCUGUGGCGGAGCUGGCGGAGCAAUACGAACGCAGCUGCACGCGGACAGGGUCGCCCUGCCGCCCCGCCCGCCGCCCCUCACAGUCCCAGGGCGCCGCCGCCGCCCCCGCGGUAAUGUAACGCGCAACGCGUGGGCCCUUCUUACAC